AUGACAACUGAAAUAACUGAAGAAUACGUACGAGCUGUGAUCAAAAAUACUCAGUCUAUUUACUCACUUCGAACUCCUGAGGAUAUAUCUCUGAUCAUGGGGAUAGUGGAUUCUCUUCUUUAUGACUCCGUUUGGAAAGAAUAUAAUCAAGAAUCUAAUCACCUUGAAGGUUGGGAUUAUCAUCAUACUGAUCAUGAAGAACAUAUCCAAUCAGAUGUGGAAAGACUUCCGAUGAUAGAGGAAUCUCCGUUUGAAUCGGAAAUUCAUGAUAUGAAAAGACUUCCGAUGAUAAAGGAAUCUCCAUUUGAAUCAGAAACUUAUGAUGAUCUUUAUGAAAUGGAUUAUUGGUGUGAUGUAUGUGAGAAAUGGGUCGAGGAUGGUGAGUGUGAACAGAUUGUGGAAUUCCACAAGAACGGGGUGUAUAUAAAUGAGUGCAUUUGUGAUUUUGUGCCGGUGAUUGAUUAUUUUAACUCAAGAGAAGAGUUGAGACGGUUUUUUUUGGUAAAUAAUGUUCAAGGUUUGUGUAUAUUUUGUGAAAAUAAUUGCUCGGAGAAAUUAUGUAUGUGUGAGUUUAUAUGUGGAUUGAAAUAUGUGAUGGGAUAUGAUAAAUAUGGAAAGGUUAUGUAUGGAACAUGUGGUUGGUACUUCGAUAAUUUAAAAGAUGUUGAACAUGAUUGUCAGGAGGGGGUUCAUCGUGGAUUUGAUUGUUUGAAUGAUGUAACUAUGGGAGCUGACAAAAGAAAAGAUGUAUUAGACUCUGAUUCCGAAUUUGAAUUCAAGAGAUUGAAGGCUGAUAAAGAAAAUUCCAUGGAACUUAAACCCAACCCUUCUGGAUCUAAGCGAAAGCAACCUGACUCUGGAGAUGAGGAAUCCAAACCAUUAGGUUCUAAACCCAACUCUCGACUAUCCCAAAAAAGGAUCAAGAAUUCGGACAAGCUUGAUGUGGGGAUGAUUAAUAGGAUAUUGUUAUUGGGUGAUGAUAAUAUGAAAAAAAUUUUAGACUGCGAGAAAUCUUAUCAACUUUCUAAUUUGGUUGAUGAAAUUGCAUUUGAUAUUAUUAAGAUUGAGAGUGAGAAUUGGGAAGAAAAAAUGAGUGUGCUUCAAUUAUAUAACAAGAUUAGACGUGAGAUUUAUUCGGUUAUCGAAAAGAAAAUUUCGGAUAGAACUCCAGAGGUUUGUACAUGGUUGGUAACAGUUUGCCAAGGACCGGCAAGAGGAAUGAUGUAUAAGGAUUUUAAGCUUCAAAAGUGGUUAUCCGAAAAUUCCAAUCAAACCUCAUCCAGUGCCAUGCGCACCAGGGUGAGAGAUGUAAUUCUCAGGAGUUAUGAUGAAUAUUAUCAUUAUGAUUUCCAUCAAUACGAUUCUAAUUUAUCACAUGUCGAAAUGUGGGAUACGGUUUAUGGUUAUCCAUAUGUCCAUGAGAACGACGAAGAUGCAGUGAGAAUCACAUCUCAGAAUUACUUGGAGUUUGAGGAUAGUGUUGAUUUCUACAUUCAUUUGGCACUAGAAACGGAUAUAUUUAAAAAAUUAGAUACGAGAGAGGAGGAUAAGGGUGGAGAGAUAUACUCAAAAGAAGAUUCGAUGAGAUUGAUAUUUCUGAGAUUGCAAUGUCGAUUCGCAGAUUGGGCAUCACAUGAGGAUGAUAAACAGAAGGAUGAAUUAUUGAGAUUGGUGAAUGAAAAGUUGGAUGAGAUAUGUAAUUAUGAGGUGAAUGAUUUGAUUGAAUAUCACAAAUUAUUGAAUCAAGAUCACAAAGAGUUUAAUUAUUUGAUUGAAAAAAUGGAUGGCUUGAUUUACGAUGGAGUUGAGUUUGACAUUCACUUAUUGAUAAGUGAAUGGGAUAAAAUGACCAAAUUAAUUGAUAAAUUUAUUAAAUGUUUGAGAUGUAGAAAGAUGUAUUAUGGAUUGCGUGAAGAUCUUUAUUCCGAGAAUGAGGAUUUUUAA